UGCCACAAUUUCAUUCAGAUAUUGAUAGUUGAAUCGCAGUUGGCUGAGAAGUAAAACUUCAUAUGCAUAUAGUCUUAAUUACUAGGCGCUCAGUAACGACUAGUGACAAACCGUGAUAUUUUUUUUCGAAUGAAAUACCGAAGUCGAUCAAAUCGACAGCUAAUUCAAAUUCAGUUUAGAACCUAUUUGGAAUUAUAUUACUAAUUGACGUACAGUAACACCUACCUUUUUUUAAUAUGAGUAGUGGUAGUAAUAAAUGGCAAUUACCUUAUUCAAGACUGAAACUCGGUUGCACAGCAAUUUAUAUUUUUAUUUAUGUAAUUAAUGUACCUGUUAUAAACGGAGAAGUCGUUGAAUUUGCAGAAGAUGAAUCUAAUGCAGAAAAAUGUAAGUCUGAACACAACAGUAACGCUUUUACAUGGGAAGAUUAUCUUGUAUUGGGAUCAAUGUUACUGAUUUCUUGUGGAAUUGGAGUGUUUUAUGGAUUUUUUGCAGAGAAGCAUAAAAAUCAUCAUGAUUUUUUACUUGGUGGAAGUUCUAUGGGUACAUUUCCCAUGGCAAUGUCACUAGCAGCAAGUUUUGUUACUGCUGUGGAACUAUUAGGAAAUCCCGCAGAAAUGUAUAUCAAUGGAACGCAAUUUUGGAUAAUAUGCUUGGCUUUUAUAUUAGUUGUACCUGUUACCUCAAAACUUUACCUUCCAGUAUUUAUGACUUUGCGACUGACCAGCUCAUACGAGUAUCUCUCUAAAAGAUUUAAUCCGUCCACUAGAUACUUGGCUAGUUGGUUGUACAUUUUUCAAAUGGUAUUAUAUACAAGUGUAGCCGUUUAUGCUCCAGCUUUAGCAUUGAGUAAAGUUACUGGACUUAACGUUUAUAUAGCUGUUAGUGUUGUUUAUAUAGUCUGCAUCUUUUAUGCAUCUCAGGGCGGCAUGAAGGCGGUGAUUAUAGCUGAUACCUUCCAAGCAGGUGUACUUAUAGGAUCACUUAUUCUGAUCGCUUAUUUAGGGGAAAAACUUGUUGGUGGUACUGGUGUAGUUUGGUCUGAAAGUUAUAAUGCUGAUAAGUUAGAAAUAUUUAACUUUAAUGUAGAUCCAACCAUUCGGCAUAGUUUUUGGUCGGUGGUUGUCGGUGGAACAUUUUAUUGGUUAACCAUGUUCUGCUCGAACCAGGCCUCAAUCCAAAAGUAUAUGUCAGUAGAAACCAUCGGACAAGUCAGAAGUGCUUUGUGGACCUCAUGUUUUGGACUGAUAUUCAUAUAUACAAUAAAUUUCUAUAUCGGCAUGAUCUUAAUAGCCAAUUAUAAAGAAUGUGAUCCACUUGCAAAUGGCGAAAUAAGCAGUGCAGACGAAGUAUUACCGUUAUAUAUUAUAUCGAUAAUGGGACAUCUGAAAGGAGUGACAGGAUUUUUUGUUGCUGCAAUAUUUGCAGCGAGUUUAGGUACAGUGGCUUCCGCAUUAAACAGUCUUUCAGCUGUUACAAUGCAAGAUUUUAUCCAUGAAGCUUGUGGAAUUGAUAUUCCUGAUAAGCGGGGUGCCUUUUACGCCAAAGCAUUAUCCAUUGUUUACGGAGCUAUUAGUUUUGGAUUAAUAUUUGUAGUAGCUCAACUUGGAAGCGUAAUGCAGGUAGCAAUUAGUUUUAAUGGUAUGGUUGGGGGAGUUACUUUGGGACUAUUUUCAUUAGGCAUGUUCUUUCCCUGGGCCAAUUCUAAGGGAGCAAUCUUUGGGUCAGUUGUAGCAUCAAUGCUUCUAACAUGGAUGUGUAUUGGUCAGCAAAUUGCGGCAAAAUCCUUAACUGAUGAACUAUAUAGGGAUGACAGUAUCUUUAUUCUGUUUCGGCUGUCCUAUAUCUGGUAUUCAGCCAUCGGCUUCAUCGCUACAAUAAUAUUAGGAUUGUUAGGAUCAUACGCUACUGGUUUCCAAAAUCCAGAAGAGUUAGAUAUUAUUUUGUUAUCACCGCCUGUGUUAAGUUUUUUACAAUCAUUGCCAGAUUGCGUACAAGAAAAACUAAACUUACCUCUAGAGCCAUCUAUACGAAUUUCAAAACUCAGCUUAAAUGUAGUCACUGUCGAAGUUUCUAAGUAAUUACAUCACUUUAGAAAUAGUACUUUUGAUAAUUUUUACAUACCAGUGACGUUCGUAAGUUGAAAUAAUUGAGUCGAUGGACUUCAAAGCCCAGAGUCUAUUUUAGAAAUCCAAAGAUUUGAACAAAUUUGAUUCGGUUUUUUAAGUAUUUACUUUUGAAUGAAACUGUUAAACACAUUUAUUUUUAAAAGUUUGCAUUGAUUACUUUUAUUCUGAAAAAAGGGCAGAAUUUUUCUUAUGCUGAAAAAAUACGGAGGUACAUGACAGACCUAAAAGCUGUCUAAGGAUUUUAACAGAAGAAACCAAAAAAUGACGAAAAGUACAAUUUAUAUAGUACAAUAUAUGUCAAUUAAAGUGACAGACAACAAUUGUCACUGUCUUGUAUUCUCUCGUUGGUCAGACUUUAUAUACCGGGUGCGUCUCAAAAGUGGCUCGCCCCUAUAACUUUUUAAUUUUUUGACAUAAAUUAGGAUUGAUUGACAUAUUCAAUUAUUUUCGGUCACUUCCGGUUU